AUGGAACCAUCUAUCCAGCUGGGAUCUCAUGCGAGCGGAGCAGAGGGGCGCAAUCCGCUCCCUCACGCAGCCCGCGAUCAGCGCACGGCCGGCCCGGUCCCAUUCCUCACCUCCCCACACCCCCAGGUGCUUCUGGGCAGGGCUGGAGCACGAUCCCAGCGGCAGACGGGGACAGCUGCUGUGGCCAGUGUCGCCAGUGUCACUCGCACCGGGACACAGCGCCCGUUCCCGCACGGGGACUCGGCCCCCCGCACUCACCCUGCGGGCGGCAGGCAGGCCCGGAGCCGGGCCGGGGCCGGCCCGCGGGAUGUGGCCGCUGGAAGGAAGCGGGAGGCGGGCCUGCCGCGCUGGGUGCCUCGGGAGGAGACGCUUCCGGGCGGCCAGAAGGAAACACGGCGCUAUUCCAGCCUUGUUCCUGUGUGUGUUCCAACAGGAGCGCCACGAUGGGUGCAGCAGCAGAUGAAUAGUGAUAAAAAUAGUGAGGCCACAUCCUGCACCUCGGCCGGUCAGAGAAAUCAUGACAAGCUAUCAUUUCUGCUCCAAAAAUCCACAAAGUACCCUCAGCGUCACUGCCUGAGUGCCAGCAGGAUGAACACUCACACAAGAUUUCCUGGAAAAGUAUCAAAGCUGUCUCAGCUCUGACACAUUUGUUUGGCAGCGCUCUGUGCCACACACUCGGUGAGAUUUCAGUCACUCAGCACGCACAGUGUCACCGCUCCUCCAGCUCUGGAACUGGGAGCCUG